AUGGCAGCCUCCCUCUUUACAGUUCCAAUUAUCAACCCUUCAUCCCCCAAAGCCUCCCCCUCAGGAACAGUAGUCUGCAGCUCCCCCUCUGCAGGCAUCUACAUCCUAACCUUCACCUCACCCCCGGACAACCGCCUCCUAACCUCCUUCUUCCAAUCGCUGCUCCUCGCCUUUGACAUUCUCGAGUUCUCAUACCCGCCCGGCUGCGUCAUAACCACGUCCGGAGUCCAAAAAUUCUACAGCAACGGCUUGGAUCUGGAACAUGCGUCCAGCACCGAGGGGUUCUUCCCGGAUAGCAUGUUCGCCCUCUUCAGAAGACUCUUGACAUACCCCAUGCCAACCGUAGCCCUGAUUAACGGCCACGCCUUCGCCGGCGGCUUCAUGUUAGCCAUGUACCACGACUACCUGAUCAUGAACCCCUCACGUGGCUAUCUCUGCCUCAACGAGCUUGACCUCGGCGUCCCGCUCCAGCCAGCAAUGUCCUCCGUCUUCCGUCAGAAACUCGCGCCUGCGGUCUACAAAGCCAUGGUUCUGGAAGCGAAACGCUUCUCCGGCGCUCAGGCGCUAGAGGAUGGAAUCGUGGACGGACUGGGGGGCAUGGAAGAGGCGUUGAGGUUUGUGGAGGAGAGGAAAUUGAUGGAGAAGAGCAAGACUGGGGUGUACGGACUGUUGAAGAAGGAAAUGUGGAGGGAGAGCUUGGGGUAUCUUGAAAAGGAGGGAUAUGAGAGGGAGGUGGCGAAGAGUGAGGCGUAUUUGAAAAGGGAGGAGGGGAGGAAAGUGGUGGGUGGUAAGAGGGUUGCCGAAUGGACGAAGAAUGCCGGGAAAGCCAAGUUGUAA